UGUUGUUAUUGGGAUUGGCCUGGAGCACUCGGACGGACAGUAAUUCAUUAAAAUAUGUGGUGAUAACGCGAGCUGCCGAAUCUGCGUGCAAUUCGUGCGUUUGACGUGGGUACUAACUGCUAUGCUGUCGCGCGGACAGUUGUUCUGAUACGCAGAGUUCCUGCCUCACCACACACGACCACCUCCAUUAAAACCAGCCACCCCCCCCAGCGCCUCCUCCACCGACAGCAGCUGCUCCACCGCACCACCAGGAGAGGGGCAAUUAAAAAAUCAAUCAGAGGGCCCUAAUUGAAAGCUGCCACCGUCGAAAUGUCGCCGCCGAAGAACUGCGCGGUGUGCGGGGACAAGGCUCUGGGCUACAACUUCAAUGCGGUCACCUGCGAGAGCUGCAAGGCGUUCUUCCGACGGAACGCGCUGGCCAAGAAGCAGUUCACCUGCCCCUUCAACCAAAACUGCGACAUCACUGUGGUCACUCGACGCUUCUGCCAGAAAUGCCGCCUGCGCAAGUGCCUGGAUAUCGGGAUGAAGAGUGAAAACAUUAUGUCCGAGGAGGACAAGCUGAUCAAGCGGCGCAAGAUCGAGACCAACCGGGCCAAGCGACGCCUCAUGGAGAACGGCACGGAUGCGUGCGACGCCGAUGGCGGCGAGGAAAGGGAUCACAAAGCGCCGGCGGAUAGCAGCAGCAGCAACCUUGACCACUACUCGGGGUCACAGGACUCGCAGAGCUGCGGCUCGGCGGACAGCGGGGCCAAUGGGUGCUCCGGCAGACAGGCCAGUUCGCCGGGCACACAGGUCAAUCCGCUUCAGAUGACGGCCGAGAAGAUAGUCGACCAGAUCGUAUCCGACCCGGAUCGAGCCUCGCAGGCCAUCAACCGGUUGAUGCGCACGCAGAAAGAGGCUAUAUCGGUGAUGGAGAAGGUAAUCAGCUCACAAAAGGACGCCUUAAGGCUGGUGUCGCAUUUGAUCGACUAUCCAGGCGACGCACUCAAGAUCAUUUCAAAGUUUAUGAACUCGCCCUUUAACGCGCUGACAGUAUUCACCAAAUUCAUGAGCUCACCCACGGACGGCGUUGAAAUUAUCUCAAAGAUAGUUGAUUCGCCCGCGGACGUGGUGGAGUUCAUGCAGAACUUGAUGCACUCGCCAGAGGACGCCAUCGAUAUAAUGAACAAGUUCAUGAAUACCCCAGCGGAGGCGCUGCGCAUUCUUAACCGAAUCCUAAGCGGCGGAGGAGCGAACGCAGCCCAGCAGACAGCAGACCGCAAGCCAUUGCUGGACAAGGAGCCGGCGGUGAAGCCUGCAGCGCCAGCGGAGCGAGCUGAUACUGUCAUUCAAAGCAUGCUGGGCAACAGUCCGCCAAUUUCGCCACAUGAUGCUGCCGUGGAUCUGCAGUACCACUCGCCCGGUGUCGGGGAGCAGCCCAGUACAUCGAGUAGCCACCCCUUGCCUUACAUAGCCAACUCGCCGGACUUCGAUCUGAAGACCUUCAUGCAGACCAACUACAACGACGAGCCCAGUCUGGACAGUGAUUUUAGCAUUAACUCAAUCGAAUCGGUGCUAUCCGAGGUGAUCCGCAUUGAGUACCAGGCCUUCAAUAGCAUACAACAAGCGGCAUCGCGCGUAAAGGAGGAGAUGUCCUACGGCACUCAGUCUACGUACGGUGGAUGCAAUUCGGCUGCAAACAAUAGCCAGCCGCACCUGCAGCAACCCAUCUGCGCCCCAUCCACCCAGCAGUUGGAUCGCGAGCUAAACGAGGCGGAGCAAAUGAAGCUGCGGGAGCUGCGACUGGCCAGCGAGGCUCUUUAUGAUCCCGUGGACGAGGACCUCAGCGCCCUGAUGAUGGGCGAUGAUCGCAUUAAGCCCGACGACACUCGCCACAACCCAAAGCUAUUGCAGCUGAUCAAUCUGACGGCGGUGGCCAUCAAGCGGCUUAUCAAAAUGGCCAAGAAGAUUACAGCAUUCCGUGACAUGUGCCAGGAGGACCAGGUGGCCCUACUCAAAGGUGGCUGCACAGAAAUGAUGAUAAUGCGCUCCGUAAUGAUUUACGACGACGAUCGCGCCGCCUGGAAGGUACCCCAUACCAAAGAGAACAUGGGCAACAUACGCACUGACCUGCUCAAGUUUGCCGAAGGCAAUAUCUACGAGGAGCACCAAAAGUUCAUCACAACGUUUGACGAGAAGUGGCGCAUGGACGAGAACAUAAUCCUGAUCAUGUGUGCCAUUGUCCUUUUUACCUCGGCUCGAUCGCGAGUGAUACACAAAGACGUGAUUAGAUUGGAACAGAAUUCCUACUAUUAUCUUCUGCGAAGAUAUCUGGAGAGUGUUUAUUCUGGCUGUGAGGCGAGAAACGCGUUUAUCAAGCUAAUCCAAAAGAUUUCAGAUGUGGAGCGUCUGAACAAGUUCAUAAUUAAUGUCUAUUUGAAUGUUAACCCAUCCCAGGUGGAGCCCUUGCUGCGUGAAAUAUUCGAUUUGAAAAAUCACUAGACAACCGAUGCGUGUCGGGCAUUUAAUGCCUAUGUUGAUGCCCAAUGAUGAAUGGUCAACAAGCUGUAGUUGUUGUUGUUGUUGAUGUCUGUUUUAUCUUGUCGCUUGUAAUGUUAGAUUUUAAUCGAAUGUGAUUGUUAGAUUUGCAUAUACUGCAUAGAUUUUAUAUUUCUACAUCAAAGAGAGCAUAUUUAGGAUACCAAGUGCAAAGCAACACAAUCUAUAUGUAAUGUACACCGUUUACCUAGUUUCAAAUAAACUAGACGAUAAUGCAAUAACUAACUUGGAAGCGUGGGUUCUGUGCAAAAAGGAAAAAAGACAAAAAAAAUAAACUGACUUUGAGAACCAGUGGU